CGAGCGAGAACUUGAACUCGGACGAGGCAAGUCCUUGAUCUGUCCGCGAUCUUCUUCUUUUGAACGGAACCAGUGUGUGAAGAGCGGUCUUGGAAUAGAAAUCGUCGGGUGUUCUCUCUAGGUGACUCAAAGUCGCGCCCAAUUAUCAUCGCAGCCGACGCUCACAGCAGCGACGGCCCAUCAUGUCACGAUCCCGACGACCGUCCCCAGCGGGGACCCCAUUCAUUCCACCCCUCGCCAGCCCUGAGAGUUCUCCCAACCCACCACAACCUCCCGUCAUCCCAAUCGACCCUUCGUCAUCGAACACGCUUCCAAACACUCCAUCGAAUCCCUGGCACGCAGGACAGUACCCUCUCGGAAGCAACUACCCCGCCUUCUCCCCGGCCAUGUCAGCGCAUUCACCAUUCUUUCCACCCGGAUUCGGAGGGCCAACGCCUGCCAUGGGACCAGGCGUGCUUCCUCCAGGUGGCCCUCCCAUGGGCGGGCCACCAAAUCAGUUUCCACCAGGGGUGUCUGCUGAUUACCUCGGAUAUGGCACUGCGGCAGCGUACACGCCUGCUGUGAACCCCAAUGUGCCUCUUGGGCUGUAUGGUCCCGGUGGGAUGGGUUCUGCUCCACCUGCACAGGGAUUCCCUGGUGUUGCGCAGGCGUAUGCGGCUCGUGGCGUCGGACCUCAUGGGUAUCCUAAUCCUGCGUACACUGGGAUACCACAGCCUCCCAUGUCUGCACCUGGAUUCGGGCCCCCUCCUGGUUGGGGGAUGCCAGGUGGAAUGGGUGGGAUGCCCGGUGGGAUGCCAGGCGGAAUGGGUGGCGGGCCGUGGGGUAUGGCGUUCAACACACCAGCACCAGGAGCAUAUCAGCCUCUGGGUGGCGGUGGAAAUGACUGGGGAUUGGCAGGUGCUAUGGCAGGGAUGUCGCUAGGUGGUCCAGGUGGUCCUCAGCAAGCGCAGCCACCAGGUGGGGCAAGGAACAGAUCGGCCUACCUUGAACGGGAGCAUAUGAGUCGAGUAGAUCGCUUCGCGACUGGGCCGCAUUACGGCCCCGUGUUGUCCCCGAUGUUAGUCCACAGGCUUGGGGUUCUUUUGGAAAUCAAUCCUCUCCUUCAGCCGACUUCUCAAGCGUCGGGGGACAAAAAGUAUCUCAUCUGGAACAUGCUCUUCCCUUCCAACAGCGCACGAUUAAACACGGACUCGGCAGAACGAUCGUGGUCGGAUGGACGUGACGCCCCUGCCACAUUCCCUCGCGUGACGAGUCUCAUGGUCGUCUCCAACCUCAAAGCCUUCCCGUGGGCGAUCGAAGUAAAAGCUCAGGACAUACGACUCGGAGUGACGUGCGAGGAGGUGAUCAUCCAGAUUGGGCGUUCCUUGCAACGCCUCACGUCUUCUAAAGAUUGGCAUUGGGCGAUCGGACAGGUCUCGCAACAGCAACUCAGCGCUGCCUACACCCACAACCGCAGCACCCGGAUAGGUGUUCCGGGUGGUGAACUCGGAAGACCGAUGAAACGACUGGAUUACCUUAUGGACAGGUAUUGGUGGGACGGUCUACAAGCCAUCGACUUACGCGACGAUGAGGGCCGAAACGUCCUUAAACGCUACCUGAACACGGAGAAUGUGGCGGUUACCCUUCCCUGUUUGGUGAUGUUUAAGACUGAGAGUCGGCAGAUGAGGACGGAGGCGGAGGAACAGGAGUUUGGGCAGUCGGCGAGGCAGAGGAAGGUCAGCCAGAAUGCGAGGAGUAGGGCGGGUAGUCGUGCGGCGAGUCGUGCUGCUAGUGGGACGGGUAUUCGGGUUGAGAGCCCGAGCGAUUCUGAGGAGAGUGACAGUGAUAGUUCGUGA